GUAGAAUCGCAUCCACUGCCACCAGAUUGUGAUAAAACUGAUUGAUGUGACAUAAUCGUUGAUUCUGUAGUUUUCCAAACAAUAAAACGCGUAAACAAGGUUCACCGGACCCCCUGAACAAUGAGGUUAAGCCAGCAUAGUUAAAUACCAUUGCUGAGCAACGGCUCAGUUGACAUCAUGGUGAACAAUUUAAAAGAAGAAUGUUCCAUUUUCAAUUGGUAUCAUAUAUUCGCGAAAGAUUCUCUCGAGGCACGACUUGUCCGAAUGCCCAACGAAGUACUCGAGUAUUUGCAGCACGAUGCAUUCAUUCUUCCUGUUGAGGCUUCCAACAACAUUUCCGUCAAUACCGAGUGGAGUGACGGAUUAUCAACCAAUGUAGAUUUAUCAGAGGAAACUGAGGAGGAGCAGCCAAGCUUUCCAAAUUUCAGUCGUCGUAUACAGGAAAUAAUAGAUGAAUUUGGCGCUGUGUUUCUCAAAUGCAAUUGGAGAAGUCCUUCUGAUGCAACGUGGGUUGCACCAACAAAAACUCUCAAAUGUACAUCCCUGGAAGAAGUUUAUUUGUUGUUAAAAAGCUCGGAUAGAAUAUGCGGUGAUUUAAAUGCGAUCGAACGUCAUACAAAUAAUGAGUCACGGUGUGUUUUGCCUGCAUUACUUGUCCUCAAAAGAUGGAAGGACAUCAUUCCCAGCACCGAGUUUCGUUGUUACGUCGUCAAAGACAAGCUUGUUGGAAUUUGCCAGCGAGACGCAUCGCAAUAUCAUCAGCACAUAGAAUCUGAAAAAUAUAAUAUUCGGAAAGAUAUAACCAGUCUUUUCAACGAAAGAAUCAAAGGCCGCUUCAAGUUGAACGAUUAUUCUUUCGAUGUGAUACGAUACAAAAAGGACAAAGUCAAGAUCGUAGAUUUCGGUCCACUCGACGAGACCGUUACCAAGGGUAUGUUGUUCACGCUGGAAGAAUUGCUGAAUCCAACAAGUGGUGACGACACAGAAUCCCCGGAAUUUCGUUUCAUCGCAGAAAACAUGGGAAUACAACCAACGACGAAUAAUCAUUUUUGCGUUCCUCAAGAGAUCAACGAGUAUUUUCGAUUAGCUGGAAACGCUUCGAUUAUGGAUGUAAUUCAGAGGGAAGUCGAGAAUCAAAAUGAAACUUGAGAGAACCGAUGAUUCAUCGUCAGAGGCAAAUGUACAGAUAUUGUAUCGGAAGUGUUUCGCCCGAUUGCGCAACGAAUAAUAAAUCCGUUUUUUUCCAAACAAAACGAGCACGAUUCAUUUUGAACUCUGCCUGUGAAUGACUGUAAAAAAAGAUUGUUCUUUUACUGACAAGGAAUUUAUAACGCGAGUAGGAGAGUUUUGAGCCUACAACUAAAGGGUUUUGCAAAGAAAGUAAUUCGGCAAUUUUUCGUGAGAUGGGACAAAACAACAGCGUAUACAGAAUUUUUCAUCAUUUAUAUUCUGCCAAGACCCUCCGUUUUUGCUAUCGAUACAAUUACAUAAACCGAUGAAACACUAAUCCUACGGUUUGUUUUUAAAGAAUUAGCGUAAUAUUGCAAUAUUUGUCGGUUUGCCGUCGUCUUUUCGAGGGACGCGCGCCUUAUAUAGAAAAUAUGUCGUCUCGUUUAUGUACAAUAUGCAACCCUUAAUACUUGCGGAUGAAAAAGGAUUCACAAUAUAUGGUAUCUUCGGACAAAUAUUUUGUUAAAUAUACGCUGUACAUACAA